UCACACACAAACUGACAUUAGACGAGCGGAGGCAGGGGGACUGGCACGGAGCAGAACAAGCCCCUCGGCAGACAAUUGGAACAGGAAGCAAGGAAGGAAAGAACCAUUGACCGGUGGAGGAAGACUGGCAAACGCCUUGGGAUUGUGACAAGACAGCCACACAGUAACUCCAGAGACCAGCUAUUAUUCCAAAGAUGAAUACCUCUCUUUCCAACCUGUCCAUCAAAUGUGACCGGGACACCAGUGUGACGGCCGUGGUGUUUCCCUGCCUGUAUAGCCUCCUCUUCAUCGUUGCCUUGGUCUUAAAUUCCUUGGCUGCUUGGAUCUUCUUUGGCAUCCCCAGCACAUCUACAUUUGUGGUCUUUCUAAAAAAUGUGGUGGUGGCUGACCUGCUGAUGACACUGACCAUUCCUCUGAGAGUGUUGAGUGACGCGGGUGUGGGCUCUUGGCAGCUGCGGGCUUUCCACUGCAGAUACUCGGCUGUUCUCUUCUACAUCACCAUGUACAUCAGCAUCCUCCUGCUGGGUCUCAUCAGCCUGGACCGCUACUUGAAGAUUGUGCGGCCGUUUGGGAAGUGCCCCCUGCAACGGGUCAGGGUGGGCCAGGGAGUCAGUGUAGUGGUGUGGGUAGUGAUGCUGUCACUAGCGCUGCCCAAUGUCAUUCUAAGUGACCAGCCACCCAAGAUAUUUGAAGGAAAGCUCAAGUGUACCUCUAUGAAGAGCAAGGCUGGGCUGCUUUGGCAUGAGGGCUUUAACUACUUCUGUCAGGUGAUUUUCUGGGGCACACUUGCUCUGAUGGUGGUGUGCUACACGUUCAUCAGCAAAAAGGUGUAUGAGUCCUACAAAGCAUCAAAGAGCAGGUGCCAUGCAGCCAGUCGCAGAACCAAGGCAAAGGUUUUUGUGGUUGUGGGGGUGUUUUUUAUUUGCUUUGCCCCCUUUCACUUUGCAAGAGUCCCAUAUACUUUGACCCAAACACGUAAGAGCGUGAGUCCAUGUAAAGCACAGAAUUACCUAUAUAUUGCAAAGGAAACGACACUGUGGCUUUCAGCCACAAAUGUCUGUUUGGACCCUCUCAUCUAUGUGUUUCUGUGUAAGAUGUUCAGACGAAGACUGACGGCCACUCUGCGCCAGAAGCCACUGCAGCAAAGCACCAUGGACUCAGUCACUGCCACAUCCACUCAGCAGGAGAUGUCACAAACAGCCCACAGACACACAAACCAACUCUGAUGGAGCAGGUCAUGAACUUGCAAACAUGUUUUGCAAUAUUAUAUUAUUGCACAGUGCAUUUAAAUAAGAGUGUAUACAUUUUAAAGUUGAAAGAAUUAAUCUUGUAAAUGUAUCAGAAAUUUAAUUAUGCUAAGUAUUACUUGUAUUAACCAGAACAAAUUAAGACUACUGACAAAGCACUUCUGCACAUUUUCCAAGUCAUCCUGUUCCUAUAUCUUGCAGAUAUGGCUAUUUUACUUCCUUCUGUCUAAUCUUAGUUAAACUUGAGUUUCCUUUGGACAUGGCCAACAAUUAUGAACAAACAACAGGCUUAAAUGAAGCUAUAAUCUAAUAAGAUAUUCAUUAAUCAUUAAUCAUACCUAUCUGAUCAAAAUAGCACAAAAGACAGAGCAUGCACCUAAUGCAGUGCAGAAAGUGAAACAAACACCAAACAAACCACAGGAACCUUGUAACCUAUUGUUUUGUGACCAUCUGGGGUUACCACGUGUCAUCACAAAUGACAUGAAGAAUAUUUAUUUGUAUAUGUACAUGUACAUGUACAUGUACAUGCAUAUGCAUAUGAAUAUGUAUAUGUAUAUUUAUAUGUAUAUGUAUGUGUGUCAUUAGUACGUGUGACAAGUGGUAAUGACAUGUGGUGUUUUAAUUGUCAGGGUUAAACCCUCAUGUUCACUGUUGUUGAUCUUCCCUUCUCUCGUUGUUUAGUGCAUUCUAUGUGUUGUUUUUCCACAUACAAUUUGUAUUUAAACUCUAGUCUACUCUAGUUUCUUAUUAUUAAUCACAGUCUAGUAACCAAGAGUACUUAUGGGUGCCACAUUGUCAGCAUAUCAGAUAGACAUAUAAAGGAAAUGGUUUAAACUAAAGCCCGAUCAAUAUAUCGGUUGGUCGAUAUUAUCGGCCGAUAUGAGCAUCGGCUAUCAGCCGAUAUGCUUGCUGAUAGGGGCCGAUAUUUCACGUGGGCAUGUUAUACCUAGUUUUAAAGCUUAGACUCUCUACAUUCUGUUCAUUUAAUCCAAUUUACAGACAGAUAAAUGUCCUAAUAUGUGGCUCCACAUCAGUAUUUAUCUGUGGAGUCAUUUGUCAGUGUGUGUGUCCGUCCCUGAACACACCGGCAGAGUCGCGUCACUCACAUGUGUUUGUUUACACCCGAAGAUCGAUGUGUGCAACACUGAGAUUACUUUCUUUUUACAGACAAUCGGUUUGAGUCUGGAUUAAAAGGACAUUUAUUAGUGCAGACUUGUGAUGUGAGGAGGAGCCUGUGUGAGCGGUAAGUGUUGGAAAUAUGUCGAAGCUAGUUUUGGUUCGUUCUGAUAGGUUAGCGAUUAGCUGCUGUCGCUCUCACACAUAAACAGGCUGUUUUCUAUUGGCCUAUUGUAAAGUGACUAUAUUGGCCGUAUAUUUGUUACUGGACCUGUACUGAUAUGUAAAUGAGCUGUGAAUAGACGUGUGAAUGAUGAAAUUUGCGCAUAUAAUUAAUUACCGCGGCACGCAGCAUUUACGCCUAAAGGCUAAUAGCGAUCGUUUAUUUACUAGCUAGGCUAGUAGUGAUGGGUUGAUCGCGAACGAAGCGGCUCUUUGAAGCGAACAACGGGAGCCUGAUCCUUAUUGGGAUUGGGAGUCCUGUUUUCUCUUUCUCUCACUUUUUUUCUCUUCACGCCGCCUGUGGUAGUUUGACAGCGGCAGCAGUUGAAAACGAAACUUUCAAAAAUAUGCGUGUGCAUAGAGUAAAAAAAAGGUGCUUAAAUAUUUUCAGCAUAAAAUAUAUAAACCAGGACUAAUCUUGGGGUCGAGAGAGGGAGAGAGAUAGAGACCGAGUCCCAACACUCAGUCCUGGUUAAGUUCUGGUUUAGUCCUGUUUUACACAUGGUUUAGAUCUGUUUUAGUCCUGGUUUAGUCCUUUUUCAGUCCUGGUUCAGUUCUAGUUUAGUCCUGCUUUAGACCUGCUUUAGUCCUAAGACAUAUCAUGUAAAGAGGCAGAAUAACAAUAAAUGUUGCCUAAAUAAACCCAGUUUAAAAUCCACCAGAGCCAAACCUAGUUUUUUUUUUAAUAAUUCAAGAUUUACAGUGAAUUUUUACAUCACUAAAUAUAUCAGUGAUUAUAUCGGCAGCUCCAACUCCCAUAAUAUCGGUAUAUCAUAUCGGCCACAACAAAAUCCAUAUCGGUCGGGCUCUAGUUUAAACUUAAAGUGAGGCAACAAGCUAUUGAAACUGGAAAGAAAAUUGUUGAUACACAAAAACUUAAACAAAUAGAAUUGGUUGAAAAAAUAAGAUCACUUUGUUGGAAACCCAAUUUAACUGGGAAAGACACAGAAGUAUUACACUCUCUUCAAAAUCAAUUUAGACGACCUCUAUCUAGAGAAAGCAAAGGGCGCCUUGAUAAGGUCUAAAGCUAAAUGGAUUGAAUGAGGGGAGAAAAACUCAAAUCUUAUUUCUACAGUCUUGAAAAAAGAAGACAAUCAAGAAAAAAUAUAACCAAAUUAAGUAAAAAUUGUACCAUUACUCAGAACCAAACCCAAAUAAUGGAAGAAAUAAGUAAAUUCUAUGGGAAUUUACACAAGAAAAAAUACCAAAAAGACAAAUGUGAUGCUUUUAUGGAUACAAUAAAAGACAACAUAACCAAAUUGUCAGAAGAAGAUAAAUUAUUACUAAAAGAGGAUUUAAAUCUAACAGAAAUUGAAUCUGCUCUAAAACAAAUGAAGAAUGGUAAGUUGCCAGGCAUAGUGGGACUAACGGUUAAUCAAAAAAAAAAUAUAUAUAUAUAUAUACUGUAAUAUACCAAUUCAGAGUGGGCAAUAAAACUCAUUACAUUAAAAAAAUCACAACUUGUCAAAGGCUACAACAAAGGUGGGUUAAAAACAAUUGACUCUAAUCUAUGGUGGGUGUUUUCAGAAUAAACUGGAUAAAAGCUUUCUUAACCCAACCUGAAUUUAUUUGGUUUAAUAUCCCCAAGAAUGUUUUUAAGCAAGUAGGUAGUCUGGAAUUUCUUUUAAAAUUAGAUUUUGAAGUAUCCAAGUUACCUAUAAAACUGUCUGAAUACCACAGAUUCUCCAUUAUUGGAAGAUGGUAUUUACCCAUAAUUUUAUGCCACAUGGCUCAACCUUAUGGAACAACAGAGCAAUUACAUCAAAUAGGAAAACAUUAUUCAUACAAAAAUGGUAUGGAAAAAAUUAAAUUUUUGUCAUAUUAAUUAAUAUACAAAGUUCUAAUAGGGAGUAUAAAAAGGUUGGCAAAUCGAUACCCACGGCAUUAUUAAACUUGAUACAAAACUAUUUACAUUAUUCAAAAGAACAGUUAAUGUUGCCUAAAUUAAAAUUGCCUCAGAUUCCCUUAGAUAAUAAAAAAUGUAAUUAUAAAACUAUGAAUAAAAUAUUAAAAGGUAAAUUAUUUAAUCAUUUUGACAGAAAUUCAAAAAUUGUUCAUGGUGAUGGUAAUAUAACCAAUACAUAUAUAAUAUGUAUGAAAUAGCUGAUACCCCCCAAAGUAAAAGAAAUGCAGAUUAAAAUCAUAAAUGGCUACUAUCCAAAAGCAACGAUGCUUAAAAAAAAGGUUUGGUUUUGAGGUGGAGCCAUGUGUCUUUUGCUCUCAAGAGGAGGAAACAAUCAAACAUCUCUUUUUCUCCUGUGACAGGACAAAAUAUUUCUGGAACAAUAUAAUAAAUUGGUUGAAUAUUAAGAUGGUCGUAACUGUUCAAUUAAAAUUGGAGCAAAUACUAUAUGGUAUAAACAAAUGUCCAAACAAUAUAUUGAGACUUUGCAAUAUAAUAAUAAUUAUUGGUAAAUAUGACAUACAUUAAAGUAGAUGGAAAAAAUCUGUCUCUUUUGUUGUUUAAAUUUGAAUUACAGUCAUAUUUUUGCUACUAUGUCACUCCUCUGACAAGGACAUACAAUUACUUUGUGAUGGUGUCUCCAAAUAUUUAUGUUUUGAAUCUUAAAACUGUGCAAUGACAGUGUGUGCACUGAAUGUAAUGGCUUAUAUAGACUGGCCUUGCUCUAAGUUUUAUUGUAUUGGAAAUGUAAUGCAAUGAUAUCUCCCAUCGAGAGUUAUGUACAUUUCAUUAUGUAAAUUAAAAAAAAAAAAAAUAAAAAAAUAAAUACAUUUAAAAAAAGACAUAUAGAAACACUAGAAGGCCCUCUAGUGGAUAAGCGAGUAUACGGCAGUGUUUUGUAAAAAUUACAUGUACAGUAACUCGACCAAAAAUAGUAAUAACGAACAAAAACUAUACAUACACGUUUGAUCCACGAUCAAUGGUAUGUUUGGAAAGUUAUUUGCCAUAAAAUAUGUCUAUUAAUUAAACCCGUGAUGGGCAAACUCUUUAUUUUCUGGGGGAAAAAAGAAAUAU